AUAUAUUCCGGUCUGACUCCAACAAAGAGCGAGGUUGUUUAUGCAAGGCGUUUCCCCCGACCUUCGUCUCGAAACCCUCUCUGCCGGCUGCUUCUCCGGUCUACCGACAAGCACGCCGCCUCUCAGUCGAAGGAGUAUUCUAGGUUGAAAUGGCAUAUGCGUACAGGUGGCGGAGAAACCUCUGCACACUCAUGAGGUUCUUACCGCAGGUGGAGCGCCCCGACCAGCCUGUUUCUCUCCAUGACAAGUAUUUUUACACGGCUGCUUCGGUUUUCAUCUUCAUGGCUGCCAGCCAGCUCCCUCUAUAUGGCUUCAAACCAGGCAUGGGGAUUGAUCCAUUUUACUGGGUCGGCAUGGCUUUUGCAUCAAACUGGGGAACUCUCACCACUUUUGGGAUCCUCCCUGUUUUUGUACCUGAGUUUUUAGUGCCAGUCUGUAUCUCGAGGAUUCUAAAAGUGAGCAGCAGGACUCCUGAGGGUCGAAUGCUUCUGGAUGGAGCUCACAAGGUGGUUGGGAUAUGCACUAACAUUGUGAUGGUUAUUAUCUUUAUGCUAGUGUAUGCCAUUCUUGUCAAAGUUGACACGUGCACUGCUGUUGUAAUGAUGCUCCAACUUUUCUUCUCUGGUGUUGUUGUCCUCUAUCUCGAUGAGGUGCUGAAGAAAGGAUAUGGAUUGUUGCCAAGUAUCUCGUUAUUCACUGCCACCAAUAUUUGUGUAAGUGUUCUUUGGAAGGCCUUUAGCCCCUCUUAUGUUACUUAUUAUCAUGAGCAAGGUGCUCAAUUUGAGGGAGCUGUUAUUGCCUGGGUCCAUCUUUUGGUUACUGGAACGGACAAGUUCUCUGCAACCUGUCAAGCCUUUUGCCGCCAAAACCUCCCGAAUGUCACCAACCUGCUGGUUACUUGCUUGUUUUGUCUAAUUGCCUUAUUCUUUCAGAGCUUUUAUGUUGCGCUGCCAGUGAAGUUACUUGAUUGCGCUCAGUUCACCUACCGCCUCAAGUUCUCCUAUAUCUCCUACGCCGCUAUUAUCUUGCAACAGGUUGUGGUUACGUAUCUAUUAGUCAUCUCAGAGGUACUGUACGUGAUAUUUUGUGCAUUGGUGGACCUGCAUGGCAGGUCGAAUGGGUCUAGUAAGACUAUUGGGAUUUGUCGCCGAGGCGAUGGGAUUUUCUACUACCUAACAGCACCUCCAACUUUGAUUGAUCUGCAGAGAGACCCGGUCCAUGUAUUUCUCUACAUCGUCAUUGUGCUUAGUGCAUGUGCUUAUUUCUCAGUAAUUUGGACCAGAUGCUGUAUGACAUCCAGAAGAUUUUUACAUGACAUGCUAGGGGAAGAUGUGCAGCUUCCUGGCCCUGACACGAUGUCUGACGACGAAUUCCAGAGUUGCAUAGCCAAGGGGGCUUGUCUUGGUGGCAUUUGUGUGGGCUUGUUGAUAGUUUUGUCCGAUUUUGCUGGUCUAUGUGGUUCUGGUAUGGGGAUUCUGCUUGCUGUUGCAGCGGUGUAUCCCUACUUUGAGGGGGUGAGAGCUGAAGACAUAGGUGUCUUUGGCCUCUGACCGGUUGCAUUCCUCUCAGCGUAGAUUUGGGUGAAUUGAAUGCUAUUCUCACUUGUAUUCAGAAUUUAAGCAACAUCGUUCGGGAAUCUAUGCAAGCGAGUUGAGAAAAUCUAGUCUGUACGGUCCUUUUGCUGCGAACGCUGUGUAAUGACUAUUUAUUUGGGUUUAUUAAAUACUUUGAUGGAUGAGGAGGAA